AUGACUCCACCUUCCCAUUCACCUGUGCCAUCCGCAGUCUCGUCCGCCGCAACUUCACAACACUCAUAUGACCCUCCGGAUGGAGAUGCUUCGGUAACCCGCGCCUUAGGGGGCAUGAAUCUGGCCGCCCAGGCAAACGGGGACCACCUACCUCCUCCGGCGCUUUCUCCUGCCGCAAAACCCAACAAAGCUACAAUGGCUUCUCGACUCACACGCAUGUUCUCCAGUGCCGGAAAAUCCACACCGAGAGAAAACGCCGACGUUCCCCGUGAUUUCUCAGAUAGUAGCUUGGAAAGCAUCCAGCCUAUGAACGGAAAAAACUCAAAACCUUCUUCUCGACCCGCCUCCAGACCACCUUCUAGACCUCCUUCACGGGGAGCCAGCUCCCGAACACCGUCAAGAAACCCUUCGUUAAAAAAUGAACCUGUGGAAAAGCCAGAUAAGAAGAAGAUGGAGGACAAAAAGGGCAAAGACGGAGCCGCUCUGGCUCACAAGCGAUUUGAGGUGUUAUCAGAAGAGCUUGGCAAUCACUCACAUCAUCUGCGAAGCGCAAGGCGGCAAGAAAAGCUCACCGAUCUGCUGCGUGAUAUGAUAGGUGGCCGGAAAAAGGACGACCAGGCAGAUGAGCAGCAGCUAUCGUUGAUGUCGACCUGGAUUGAUCAGUUCAAGACGGAGCGUGAUAAGCUGGCUGCUGAUAAGAAGGGUGGUCCUAAUGCUACUGCUUCGUUGGUGGACAAGUACGGCAAGUGCCAGGAGAUUGUGGGCCGUGGUGCGUUCGGUAUCGUUCGAAUCUCGCACAAGGUCGAUCCUCAAGACUCCAAGUGUGAACAACUGUAUGCCGUCAAGGAGUUCCGCCGUCGACCCCAAGAAACGACCAAGAAGUAUCAGAAGCGGUUGACUUCAGAAUUUUGCAUUUCCUCGUCGCUCCGCCACCCGAACGUUAUCCACACACUCGACCUACUGCAAGAUGCCAAGGGAGAUUACUGCGAAGUCAUGGAAUAUUGUGCAGGUGGAGAUCUCUAUACCUUGGUCCUGGCUGCCGGGAAGCUGGAAGUCGCAGAAGCCGACUGCUUCUUUAAGCAGUUGAUGCGGGGUGUCGAGUACAUGCACGAGAUGGGUGUCGCUCACCGCGAUCUCAAGCCCGAGAACUUGCUUUUGACCACCCACGGUGCAUUAAAGAUCACCGAUUUUGGAAACGGCGAAUGCUUCCGCAUGGCCUGGGAGAAGGAAGCCCAUAUGACCGCCGGUCUCUGCGGAUCAGCUCCUUACAUCGCCCCGGAGGAGUAUGUUGAGAGGGAAUUCGACCCCCGGGCUGUUGAUCUCUGGGCGACCGGAGUAAUCUACAUGGCCAUGCGCACCGGACGGCAUCUCUGGCGGGUGGCACGCAAGGACGAAGAUGAGUUCUACCAGCGGUACCUCGACGGUCGCAAACAUGAGGAUGGAUAUGCUCCCAUCGAGACGUUACAUCGGGUAAGAACUGCUAAUGCCCCUGCUGCGGUUGCAGACCAAAGACUCAUCAAAUCUCAGGCUCGUUGCCGGAACGUGAUCUACUCCAUCCUCGAUCCGAAUCCCUCUCGCCGCAUCAAUGCUUCCCAGGUCCUCAAAUCCGAAUGGGUGCGCCAAAUCAAGCUUUGUAAGGCCGGCGAAGAAGGGUUCUGA